CAUGGCACCAGGCCUGGCACUCCACCCUCCCUUCCAUGACACUCACAGGUCACCUAUCCGUUAAGUGUAAACCUCUGGGAAAGCUGCCUCUACUUCGUAACAAGUUGAUAUACACCUCGCCAGGCAAGUCAUGGUGGGUGUCAGCGGCCACGGGUUCACAGAGGGAGGCCUCUCGCUUCUUCCGCUGCAGAUGACUUCUUUCUCUUCUCUUGGAGAUCCUGUGUGUAAACAAACUUACGGCUCCUCCAACGAUCAUCCGAAUAAAGUGGUCCUUCUCUUCGGCGAUGAUCCGCGAAGUAAAGCAUACCUUAAGGAUACCUUUGUGAACUACAUACUCGGCGUUCAAAUCAGGGAUACCUAUCGCCUGAUUCUUAUAGAUAAUUUUAUCUUCGAGGACACUGCGGACACUAUAUAUGCUUAUAUCUUCAAUCAAACACAUGACAUGACCAUGCCCUUUAACCUAGUCCUUGUGGAUGUGCCCGUGUUAGGGUCACCGAAAGAAACAGAGAGAGACAUUAAAAUUCUGCAAUACUUGGAGUUAUUUCUUCAACAAGAUAUAGGAUCGACUAUGGUCGACGGUGUGAGCAUUGUGGCGCCAUCAUCUGUAGAUGUCCUUCAACUACUCAUCAAUACCUACGAGCUACUUGCAGCUUCAUUCGACGAACUAGAGAGUAUUACGCAGAUCUUGGUAACGGAUACUACAUCCUACAUGCCUAUCCUAAGCUCACUAAAAAAGGCUAACAUCAGUUACAGUAAUUUAUUUAUAAUAGACAACGGAAACACAGCCACUGUUAAUGUUAGUCCAGAAGAGUACUUCUUUUUCCAAAUAUUUCGCCACUUUGAUUACCAUGGAGUUGACGAUUUCUUUCAGGAGCUGAAAGAUUCCUCACCCUUGAGAAUGUCACUUGUUAAGCGAUUAGAAGAAGGUUAUGUGGAUGUGUCUGACUUGUCGAGACUACGAGUCAUUCAUCAAUUCACAGAGGUGGUGGGUCAUCAAGACGGUCUGGAACUUCGCCAGCUGUUGAUGAAGGUGGACCACCGGGAUGAAGGGAUAAAGAUCGAGAAGCUCACUCUGGGAGGCGCCAACAACAUGCCUACUAAAGCUGUUCUUCUGGUGGGAGAAAGAAACUCGGGAAAAACGACACUCGCCACGGCCAUGGUCAACCAUAUCUUUGGCGUCAAGUUCCAAGACAACUUCCGUUUAAUAAUAAAUGGUGACCCACUCAACAGACUCACAAAGGAAAGGAGGCUAAAGAAAACCAGAUUUGCAACAGCCUAUUCCUUCAACCUCUUACCAAAGCCCCAUGAUCACCACAAUCUCAUCAUCAUUGACACGCCGGGCUUGGGAGGCUCAGAAGAACACACCCACAACAAAAACAUCAUGUCCCGCCUAACUAAGCUCUUAAAAGUCUGCGAUCUGCAUUACUUCGAUAUCAUAGGCUUCGUAGUGCCGGCGAGACUACAACACCUCUCCGACUCCUACAGGUCCGUCUACAAACACCUGUACUCUCUUCUGACUGACGAAGGAAGCGAGAAAAUCAUCAUCUUGGCGACACAGUCCGAUGCCAAAAAACCCCAGGUAUUGCAAGCCCUCAAUAAACUUGGGCUGCCGUUCUUUAAAGGUCUCAAGUUCAACUCUCACACGCUGCUGACAGACGUAGUCGCCAGAGACCCCGACACAGACCACCACAGGAUCACCAGCGAACUCUACUGGAAAAUAGAACACUGUGUUCUAAGCUCACUUUUUGCAGAGCUGAAAGAUUAACACAAGAGUUUGCCGCAAAAAUUAAUAGAACUUAAAUUAUUUGUUCAAGUGAAAGAGUAAUGGAAUCAUUUUCUAAAUGUGAAAAUUGUCAAUAACUCUACAAUAAAUCAUUUUAGUCACAAAAAAAAGCUAAACCCGUAUGGAUCAAUUACAUAAAAAUCAUUACAAAAUGUACAAGAAGAUUGACAGAUCAUAACCAUCUGCAUUUUUCCAUGGAAUUUCUUUGAAUCCUUUAACCUUAACUAACAAUAGUGUUAAAUUGGUACACUGUUCAUAAGCGAGUACCCGCUUCUUAAACCCAUUUCCGUUACUGGUGAAUGGGAAUCAGAUGAAGUAUCAGAGCAAUAAGGGUUAUCUUAGAUAACUUAGACACUUUAUGUAAGAAAAUUGUGAUCAUCAAAAAUAAUGUGUCUGCAGUUGUACCUAAAUAAGGUCGCCUCACACACUGAGUGUCCCUGGGUUGACUACCGGCAUAUUGUUGGAAAUAUUGGGCUUGUUUCCUUACACCUGUUGUCCUUGUUCACCUUGCAGUAAGUGCCUACCCUGGUGUUUAGUAAGUUUAUUCAGGUAUACACAAUACAGUUACACAGAUUAUGAUACUAGCAUAUGUGUAGAGAUCCUAGGAUAACCCAAAAAAGUCAGAGUAACUUAUUUCCAUUGGGGUCCUUAUUAUUAUUAAAGAUUCGCCGGUAUUCUCUCGGCCCGGGCCUUUUCCAAGUGGUGGCCCGGCCUUGGCUCCCCUUUAGGGAGUGUCUGAGACCUAAGUCUCCCAUGGGAGGAGGCACAAGUACUUCCUCAUCUUCGGAACCAACUGUCCCCAGGUCUAGUCACAAGCUAGGCCUCUCUGGUCUGCCAUCCCCGCCACAAGGGGGCAAUGGGAAUGACAGUCUUAUGAGCUAAAGGCUCGGGCUCAGGCACCUACCCUACCCUAGAAGGGUUAGGCAUGGUGUCGAUCGAUUGGGGUCCUUUUAAUACCUUAUUAUUGUACAAUGCAGGAGAUAUCUUAUUAUUAUACUAUAAAGAAUAUAUACUAGGAAUAAGGUAGAGUUAUUUACAUCUACAUGUUUGUUAGCUAAUAAAAUAAUCAUUCUCCUCCCUUUUUGUUGCUACAUAAUCAUUAGGUACCUUUUGGCUCUCAUCUCUAAGUGGCUCAUGCUAUGACUGGCUUUGACCUAGUGUUAGUCGACUGGUGUGGGGGUCUCAUCCUGGGGGACAAGCCUGAAGGACCCCAAUGAAAAAGAGUCCUCAAUGACACACUGACUUUCUUGUGUUAUUCUGGGUGACUAACCCUUCCCCGGAAAAAAAAAAUCCGAGCAAAUCUUAACUCAAUUUUCUUUCAAAUCAUGUAUGAUCUUUUUAUAGUUACCCCUCGAAAUGGGUUCUCUUAAUUUACUUC